CCGGGUAUCGCUGAAAAUUGCGAAUCCGGAAUUCACGGAUUCUGGUACCUGUACGGAAAGAACGAACUAUCUGAAGUCCAGGCAUCUGGAAAGCUGAGAGCGCCAUUUUCCACGUUUUUUAUUUAUUUCUCUGUGUUAAACAUUUUUUAUGACUUUAUACCGAAAAGAAGCGUUGUUGCUUAGCCAAGGUAGAAAACUGCUAGGCCCCGAAAUUAAUACACGAAGGUGUUGCGGUAAAAACAGUUUUAUGAAUUUCCCCAAACCCAACCAAGACAGGUUUUCAACUAGUCGUUAUAGCGGCAUAUUCCAUAGAAGACAUAAAGGGACUAAGAUAGACCAUUCAUCAUGUCUGUCAAUGUCAACCGCAGUGUUACAGACCCCUACUACCGCUACAAGAUGCCUAAAAUCAUAGCCAAGGUGGAAGGCAAAGGUAAUGGGAUCAAAACUGUUAUAGUAAACAUGGUGGAUGUUGCCAAAGCUCUCUCUAGGCCACCUACAUACCCGUGCAAAUACUUCGGCUGUGAGCUAGGAGCACAAACACAGUUUGACUUGAAGAAUGAGCGUUUCAUUGUGAAUGGUUCACAUGACAAUAAUCGCUUACAAGACCUCCUUGAUGGCUUCAUCAAACGUUUUGUGCUCUGUCCCGAAUGUGACAACCCUGAAACAAACUUGAUUGUUUCUACCAAGAAAAACGGCAGCAUAGCUCAGAGGUGUAUAGCAUGUGGCUAUGGGGGCCAGAUUGACAUGAGGCACAAGCUCACUACAUUCAUUGUUAAGAACCCACCAGACAUGGAUCCUGUCUCAAGUACACCCAACAAGAAGGACAAGAAAAACAAGAAAGGUGGCAAGAAAAAUGAACAGAAUGGAGACGCAGAGGAACCAAGUAGUCCUGAGGUGAAUCAACAAGAUCAGAUGGCACAGAACAGAGCUAAAGGCGGUGCUGUUGAUGCUCCACCAGAGAAUGAUGGAGACUGGGAGAAUGACUGGGGAGACGACACAUCUGCAGAAGCUGUCAAGGCUCGUAUGCAGGAACUUAGUGGAGCUGCCAAAGGUUUAACUCUCAGUAAUGACUUGGAGAAAACACAGGCUGAACGUAUUGACAUGUUCUACAACCAUGUCAAACAAUUGAAAGAUGAUGGUAUGCUGAAGGAAAGUGGAAAGGAGAUCACAGGUGAAGCUGAAAGGCUGGACAUCAAAGACAAAGCUCCCCUCAUCCUUGCAGAGAUCCUUUUCAAUGACAACAUUGUACAACAAAUUAAAGAUUACAGAGUGCUGCUUUUGAGGUUCACCCAUGAGAACCAUAAGGCCCAGAAGUAUCUGCUUGGGGCCUUUGAGAAAAUUGUAGGUGAACUACAUAAGAAAGAACUCAUGCCAAAGGUUGCCCUUAUCCUCAAGACUUUCUAUGAUUUAGAUGUCAUUGAUGAAGAGAUUAUUAUCGACUGGGACAAAAAGGUUUCCAAGAAGUAUGUUUCUAAGGCGGUAAGUGAGGAGAUCCACAAGAUGGCAGCACCAUUCAUUACAUGGUUGAAAGAAGCAGAGGAGGAAGAAAGCAGUGAAGAAGAAGAGGAUGUUGAGGUUGUCUAUUCCCAUUCAGCCAAGGACAGUAUUGAAAUGGAGAAGAAGAAAGAACCUAAAAAAGUGGAGGAAGACCUUGAUGACCUUGACAUCGAUGACAUCUAAUGACCUCAAAUCAGGGUCACGACCGACCUGGAGGUUGGCAUUGAUAGACUAAUCUUGAGAUAAAUAUUAUGUUGACCCAAGCAGUGCCAUUACAUAUAGACUAGCCAUAGACUAGUGCACUUUAUUUGUUCAUAAGUAUGUGGACUGUCUGAAGUAAUUGUGUUCAUGAAUAUACCUAUGUUGCUUAGCUGCAUUCACUCACAGUCACCAAUAGUGCGUCACCUUGAAACUUUUUCCCCAUUGGGAGUUGCAGAGUUUUUUUUCGAAUUAUGCAUUGCCAAGUCAGAUAAUUCAUUCAAUUUGAGUUACAGGUAUUAGUUUUAUUGGAUGAUCUUAAUGUUCAUUGACCAUUUUCAAAAUGUUCUUUAAGCUCUAAUGCAGCUAAACAAACAGGAAUAUAUGCAAACACAUUUGUGUGUAAUAUAGAAAAUGUGAAAUGUUGUACAAUAAUGCGCUACUUCAAGAUACAGUUGCUCCAAAUGUGCAUUCCUUCCAUACAGAACACUGACGCUGCAGCACUUGCAUUAACUUAUGCUAUAGAAAUACUUACACAGUAAUACAGCUUGUGACUUAUUGCAUUUGAUAGGGAAAUUAGCCAGUAUACCUUAUUGAUGUAAAGCAGUGUUUGAAGUUGGGGUAAUAUUUCUUUUAUGAUUGCAUCACAAAAUUGUUAAGUGUUGGAAUUAGGUCAAGAAACCUAUACUUUACCUUGAAGAAUUAGAGGUUUUACCUUAUCAGUAAAGAGAAGUCUUGGAAUUCUAGCACACAUUUUUGGUGGAUUACUGAGCAUAGAUUCCUUCCUUGGAAUCUGGUCAGGGAGCUUUGCCUGACCUUGAAUAUCCUCAGUGAUAUGGAUGUAUUCUCAAAAUUGAAUUGCAUUUUGGGACAUCAUUAGAAUUUUCACAUUUCUGAUUGGUUUACAAGUGUGUCACAUGCUAUAUGCCGUUGCAUUCUGGGAGAAAUAUCUACCUGGCCUAAGACAGUACUUAUGAUGACUCAUCUUUAACCUUUCAUAGACAGCUGUAUAGAAAUUGUGUGCAGCUGUGUAUGAGAGAAUAUUGGCAAUGUUUAUAACAGUCUCUCUGUAAUGGACUGUUCCACCAAGGGGUGGCAACAUAAAUAGGUUUUACCACGUGUUUGAUUUAUGAGUGAAUUCUUGCCAUAUCAUGAUACCUCUCUAUGUUUACUUUUCAUCUAAAAUUCAAAAGUUGCGACUUGAGAGUGUUGUGACCAAAAAAUGCUAUUUGCAAUUGUGAGUAAUUAUAACAAAACAACCAUACAAUUCCUAGAAAUCCAACAGAACACCCAUUUAUUAGCUUUGUAUGUACAUGUAUAUUGAUAUAUGCCUGAUAUAUCCAUAUAUUGACAUAUAUAUAUGAAUCAACCCCAAGUUCCACGCUGGCUACUUUCAGUGAGACCAUUGUGUAAACAAACAGGCUACCUGAAUGAUAAGAUAACAGUUGAGAAUUUGCCAACAUAGUAGUCAAGUGCUAUAUUAUAGACUAACAACUUGUGAUAAUAUACACUCCGUCACUUGAGAGCAGAAUUUCAGUUUGAAUUCUCAUUGAUAUGUGUAUGAAUUGUUGGGUUGUUAUUCUAUUAACUGGAGCUGCAUUUUGCUAGAAUUAACAUUGGCAAAGCAGAAAUUUUUGUGGAGUUAAGCAGAAUACUGUUUGUGAGAAAGAAUUUAUCACUCAAUGCAAAGAAGGUGAAUAUUGGGUAUUACAGUUAGUCAAAUCCCAAUGGCUGGUAAUGCCACUGUAUCAGACUCUUUAAAAAUACCCUUACCUUCAUGAACAAAAAAUAAUUUGAAGAAUUUAUAUGAUUUCUGUAAGUGCAUGUACAUUUUUGCAAGGUCAAGGGUAAAAAAACAGUUCAAAAUGAAUGGAUUAUAAACUGUAUUACUUUGAAAGUUGGAACUAUUUGUUUUGCAAAUUCUGUAUGAGAAGAUUUAGUAGAACCUUGAUUUCAUGUAUGAUAGUGAAUUUAUUGAUAGAAACCGUUUAAGACAUUUCUAUAGUAUUGUCACUAUCAGUUCAAAAGAAACUGUAUCAUUUAUUUAUAAUAUUGUAUUAUAUCUUGUUUUUCUUCCAGCUUUUGUUUGGGGUUCAAUGGGUCAAUCUAUGAAUCAUCUGUAUACAUAUUUAAAUGCAGUAUAUUGGGUCAUUUAUUUUCAAGUUUAAUUUAUAAUUGCCUUUAAAAAGGGUGACUAAUUGUAGAUGAUAUUUUUGUGAGUUAUGAAAUAUGAUGAGAAUAUAAUAUGCCAAUAUUUGGAAUAAAAAAUCAAUAAAAAUUUAAA